CUCCUCCUGCGCAGCUCCGCUCGGCCGGGCCGCCCGGGGGGCCUCCACGUCCCCCCGCCCCGGACACACACACACACACGCACGCACGCACACCCCAACUCCAGCCACAGAUCGAUCGAUCGAGCCGUCGCCGGGCCGUCGCGCGCCACAUCUGGCCGGCACCGCACCGCUGGCCCGGGCGCGCGCUCGCGGGUCCCCGAGCCCCUGCGGAGCGCAGCCGGGGCGCAGCACCCAUCCCUCCCCGGGUCAGGGGAGAGAGGUGGGUGGAGGUCGGAGGGGGGGAAGACAAGCUGGAUCCCAGGCGCCCCGGCACUGGUCUAUGACGAUCCGCCAGGAGGAGGAGGGCUGCCAUGGGUCGGGGGCUGCUCCGGGGCCUGUGGCCACUCCACAUCGUCCUGUGGACACGCAUCGCCAGCACCAUCCCGCCGCACGUCCCCAAGUCUGAUGUGGAAACGGAGGCCCAGAAAGACGAAGCCCUCUGCCUAAGCUGUAAUAGGACGGCCCACCCACUGAGACAUUUCAACAGCGCCAUGAUGGCCAGCGACAGCAAUGGCGCCGUGAAGUUUCCACAGCUGUGCAAGUUUUGUGACGUGCUGACAUCCACCUGUGACAACCAGAAGUCCUGUAGGAGCAACUGCAGCAUCACGUCCAUCUGCGAGAAGCCGCAGGAAGUCUGUGUGGCCGUGUGGAGGAAGAAUGAUGAGAACAUCACACUAGAAACGGUUUGCCAUGACCCCAAGCUCCCCUACCACGGAUUCGCCCUGGAAGAUGCGGCCUCUCCAAAGUGCGUCAUGAAGGAGAAGAAAGUGCUCGGCGAGACUUUCUUCAUGUGCUCCUGUAACCAGGACGAGUGCAACGACCACAUUAUCUUCUCCGAAGAGUACGCCACCAGCAGCCCCGACCUCUUGUUAGUCAUCAUCCAGGUGACCGGCAUCAGCCUCCUGCCUCCGCUAGGGAUUGCCAUCGCCGUCAUCGUCACCUUCUACUGCUACCGCGUCCACCGGCAGCAGAAGCUGAGCCCGUCGUGGGAAAGCAGCAAGCCGCGGAAGAUCAUGGAGUUCAGCGAGCACUGCGCCAUCAUCCUGGAGGACGACCGCUCCGACAUCAGCUCCACGUGCGCCAACAACAUCAACCACAACACGGAGCUGCUGCCCAUCGAACUGGACACGCUGGUGGGCAAGGGCCGCUUCGCCGAGGUCUACAAGGCCAAGCUGAAACAGAACACCUCCGAGCAGUUCGAGACCGUAGCCGUCAAGAUCUUCCCCUACGAGGAAUACGCUUCCUGGAAGACCGAGAAGGACAUUUUCUCCGACAUCAACCUGAAGCACGAGAGCAUCCUGCAGUUCCUCACGGCCGAGGAGAGGAAGACAGAACUGGGCAAACAGUACUGGCUGAUCACUGCUUUCCAUGCCAAGGGCAACCUCCAGGAGUACCUCACCAGGCAUGUCAUCAGCUGGGAGGACCUGCGGAAGCUGGGCAGCUCACUGGCCCGAGGCAUCGCCCACCUUCACAGUGACCACACCCCGUGUGGGAGGCCCAAGAUGCCCAUCGUGCAUAGGGACCUCAAGAGCUCCAACAUCCUCGUGAAGAAUGACCUGACCUGCUGCCUGUGUGACUUCGGGCUCUCCCUACGCCUGGACCCUACUCUGUCUGUUGAUGACCUGGCCAACAGUGGACAGGUGGGAACUGCCAGAUAUAUGGCCCCAGAAGUUCUGGAAUCCAGGAUGAACUUGGAGAACGUUGAGUCCUUCAAGCAGACGGACGUGUACUCCAUGGCUCUGGUGCUCUGGGAGAUGACAUCGCGCUGCAAUGCUGUGGGAGAAGUGAAAGAUUACGAGCCUCCAUUUGGGUCCAAGGUGAGGGAGCACCCCUGUGUGGAAAGCAUGAAGGACAAUGUGCUGAGAGACCGAGGACGGCCAGAAAUUCCCAGCUUCUGGCUCAACCACCAGGGCAUCCAGAUAGUCUGCGAGACACUGACUGAGUGCUGGGACCAUGACCCAGAAGCCCGCCUCACAGCCCAGUGUGUGGCAGAGCGCUUCAGCGAGCUGGAACAUCUGGACAGACUCUCCGGCAGGAGCUGCUCAGAGGAGAAGAUUCCAGAAGAUGGUUCGCUGAACACUACCAAAUAGCUCUUCUGAGCAUGCUGGGCCAAGCCUACAGAGGCCGCCUUCUUACCAAAGAACAGAGGCAGCAGGAUGGUGCCCUGACUGAUGCUUCUGGAAAACCAAGGGCUCACUUCCUCCCUGUAAGCUGCAAGGCACCUCUGAAGCAGUGGCAGCUGGGAGUGGGUGACAAAAAUGCCUUUGACGUUGUCAUAGGAUAAGCUGUGCCAGCAGUUCCUCAGGAGAUGAGGUUGAUUUUUACAGCCGCCAAUAACAUUUGCACUUUAUUGAUGCCUGUAUAUAAAUAUGGAAUAGCUAUGUUUUAUAUAUAUAUCUAUAUAUGUCUAUAUCUAUCUAUUCAUAUAUAUAUAUGAAUAUAUAUAUAUGUAUAUAUAUAUAUAUAUAUACAUAUAUAUAUAUUCAUUCUGAAAAGAGACAAAGAAAAAAGAUCAAGUAUUCCCAGAAAAUUGGUGUUAUUGGAGAGCUCCAGAAUGAAGCAGAGAAGGAAGCCAUUUAGAAACGUCAUUAGCACAUGACAAUCACACACACAUGCACACGUGCGCGCGCACACACACACCAUGGUUCUCUGGGAUGCUAGGAUGAGGAGACCUUUGCAUUAGCAAGAAGGAUCCAUGUCUCAGAUCCUGACCUUCCUUUUCUCUAGACAAGAGUUCUGUCCUGGCCUAGGAACUAAGUUUAAGCACUCCAUGUGCCCUUCGCUCCUCCUGACUCUGCCCUGGAUCUCCAGACCCCAUAUUUGACCUUGUGAACCUGAACCUUUUUGCUCAACCCAGCUCAGAAACUCAACCCCAUUGCACACUUGGCUUUCAGUUUUCCAGGCUACUAAAAAAAAAGAUCAUUUCCCUACUCAUAACAUUGCCACCCUAUUUACUGAUGAGAUUCUUUUCUUCUCUCUCUCUCUCUCUCUCUCUCUCUCUCUCUCUCUCUCUCUCUCUCUUAAAUCCUGUAACUACAUUGCUAUUGUCCUCUGCCAAAAUUCAUCCUUUCCGUGAAAGCAGCUCCCUUCCCACCAGCCCCUGGGAGCCAUUAUGCUUCAUGUUGGUCACACCUCCUGUUGGCCACAGCAACACCGUGGGUUCCAUCUUCCUGAGCUCUCAAAUGCUGACACAAAUUCUGGCCUGUUGGGGGCUUGGAAUGACACAAUACGGCCACUGUCCGGACUGUGUCCUCUGGCACUUGGCCCCUUUGUUUUGCUUGCUCAGCAUAGCGUUUGAAAGAGUUGAGCUACUUUUGCACUAUUUGGAGAUUUUGCAGAAAAAAAAAAGUCUAGAUUUCAGGUGGGAGUAGGUGAUGAUUUAUGGUUCUAUCCAGACCACAUUUCUCUCCAGACCCAACAGGAUGGCACAGACCCAUUCUGCAGUGUAAGCAUCUAUGUUUCUAGCUGCCUAUAGCCACCCACGUCUGGAAAUAAACCUGCCCAUAACCAAGCUUCCUUGUAAGAAAUAUGCGUGCACGGGGUCCUUCUCUGGAUACAGAAGAGGACAGUCCCUACCUUGUCUGAUGUUAGAAUUUGAAACUGACCAUUCAAAGGACGUCACAGGACCUCUUGCAUGAGGUCCUGGUUAUGCCAAAUCUUUUGUACUUACAUCUUAAUAAUUGUUUCCUCCACAUUUGAGAGGGGAACUUUUGCUCCAAGAAGCUUUCUUCAUGGUUACCAGUCUCUUGAUGGUACCCACCUUUGCAGAAAUUAUUAGUGAGGACUUGAAUGUACACAGGAGAGUCCAGUGGACAGUCAGGAAAUAUCUGUCCAGUUGGACAAGAGCAAAGAAAGAGCUUUAAUAGGAAACUUGCUUAUUUGCCAACAAAUGUUGGUGUUGCAAGUAAAAACAAAAUCUCUUUUUAAAACAUGGUUUUGAAGCUACUUAAUUUUCACAAUAGGAAUACGAGUGAGGAAUAGCAGUGAGCACGUGGCCUCUGUUUGCAUUGUUCAGGGUCUCAUCUCACUAGGGUUUUAGGAUACAUGUUCAAGCUGGAAGGAGGGGAGGCACUUCAACUCACCCUGCUCCAUCCAUGUGUGUGGGCUUGGAGAGCAGAGGACACUUUAGUUGCAAUACCAUGGAAAGUCCCCAAAUCCUACUUGCACCUUAGGGCUUGCUGCUCCAUCCAAAUAGCUGUUGCUCACCGCCCUCUAGUGGUGAAUUUAUACAAUGCUGGCCCACUAAUGGGAUUUCCCGGGGUUCCAAAGUGUUUUAUUUUUCACUUCCGGGUUAUCUACAGCAUUAAACUGGAACACAGGUGAUACUGUGGCUUGUUUUGUUUGUGUUAUUAUUUUUCUUAUUCAAGAAAGAGACCAAGGAAUAACUUUCUAUAGUUCCUAAAAAUACUGACUUUUGUUCACUACUAUACAUAAGGGCAAAAAGUUUUAUUCUAUAUGGAACACUUCAGCCAUACUCAUGUAUUAAAAUAGGAAUGUGAAUUCUGAAUACUCUUUUGAUAUCAGAAGACUCAAGCACUUAUUUUCAUCCUAUGCAUUGUUUGUCUUUUAUAUAUAGAUUAUAUAUAAAAUGUUUAAUAGAUUGAAUAAAGCAAAAGUCCUCAGGUGA